AAGUAGUAGAUAAAAAUUUGUAUUACAUAAAAAUAAUUUUAUCAAAUAAAUAAAUAAUAACAAAUCCAUGGCAUCAAACUCACCUUAACAAAUUAAGCAUCUGAUUGAUAAAAUGCUAAUGAAUAAUUGCCAAAUGUACAUAAUGUGUAAUACUUAACAAGGAUAUCAUCUAGUGUGCAAAUAUUUUAAAAUAAUUCACAUAAUAACAGUGCAUUACAAAGUAUGACCAUAAACAAAAAAUAGAUACAUCCUGCGUUAAAUGGUAUUUAUCUAAAAAUUACAUGUUUACAAAUUGUCAAUCAAAUUUUGUAUAAAUGUGGGAGGUAAUUGCUACUUCUAAAAACGAUAUUUAAACAUUUUUCGUAAAUGUUAACUUAAUGAUUUGUGGGAUUCCUGAGAGCAGUCAUACACUAUGAAAAGCUUUAUAGUUUUUGGAUUUUUAGUUUGUGGGGCAAUGGCUUUCACAGAAGAACAACAACAGCUGAUGGAUUCUUUACAUGCCGAGUGUGUAUCUCAAACUGGAGUUGGUGAAGAUGCCAUUGGCAAAGCAAAAGGUGGAGAUUUUGUUGACGAUCCCAAAUUAAAAUGUUACAUGAAAUGUGUUUUUAAUGAAAUUGGUGUGAUAACUGACGAUGAAAAAAUUGACAUAGAAGGUGCUCUAGCUAUUUUACCCGAUGAGAUGAAAGAUAUUGCUACCCCAGUAAUCACAAAGUGUGGUACUCAAGCUGGUGCAGAUGUAUGCGAAGCCAUAUUUAAUACAUUGAAAUGUUAUUACGAUAUGGAUAAAAGAGCAUUCUUUUUACCGUAGAAAAAUUAUUGGAUGUAAGAAAAUAUGUAAUUUUGUUUUUUUUGUAUUAAGUUUUUUAAAAAGUGGCAUCAUUAAAAAUGUAUUCGUAAUGUUGACUUAAAUAAACGUUUUUUUAUGUA